AUGGUAGACAUCCAGGGCCUUCCCAUAGAGCUCCUACAUCUCAUUUUGUCUGUUUUUGUCUGCCCAGAUGAUUCCGACCUACUGAGCAGAGAUCCCAGCACGAAUGAUAGGGACGACAAAGCGAACGAGUUGGAUGACGAAUAUGACGAUGAUAAGCCCGAUGGUUAUGACACUCUACGCAAUGCUUGCUUAGUUUCGCGGAAGUUCCGUGAGGUGGCUCAACCUUUACUCUUCCGUGAUCUCUUCGAUGAUGGUUUGGCUGGAGACGAUCCAAACCCAACCAUCUCUUUCACCAAAACAAUAUAUCAACGUCCAGACCUUGAAAAGCAUGUGCAUCAAAUCUCCAUCCUCCCUCUCCCAUUCAACCCGGGAGGUCGGGAACUUCUGCCCACAGAGGACCCCGAGUUCUUUAAAAGCAUAAUUAGGGAACUUAAAUUAGCCGAUCAAGAAGAGGCAGCCUGGAUUUCCGCCAUGGAGAAAUCCGACCUGGGAGUUUUUGCUGCAUUAUUAGCCAACAAGGCCCCCAAUCUUCGUGGACUACAUCUGCCAGUACGUUAUUUCUGGACGCAACCAUUCAUCGAGCUUUUCCGCCGAAACCCGGAGUUCUUGUCCAACCUCGAGUCCAUCUGGAUUGAAAGCGAUGACGAGCAUUCUGGCUUCGACAUUGCUUUCUACGAGAAAUUCCUCACCCUUCCCAAAGUCAUAUUUUCGACCUUCGAGUACGGCGAUCUCUUCGACGCAUCAUUCCCGUCUACCUGGCUACCUGGAACAUUGGAGACGAAAGAACUGUCCUUCCACCACUGCCACAUCGAUGCUGGCGCCAUCAAAAAGCUCACACAAGCCUGCAAGAAGCUGAAGACAUUUACUUACAACAAUUUCAGCUUGGAUCCUAACGACCGACGGAUCCUCCAUGCAGGCACCGAGCCCGAGUUUAAUGCUAAACAGGCCCAAGAAGCCCUCCUCGUACACAAGGACACCCUUGAGCUCUUCCACCUCGAGUUCUCAAUGGCAGUAUGGGACGCUGAUAGUCCCGAGGAAAACGCUCCUAGCCAAGUCAAGGUUGGCUCAUUCCGCGAGUUUUCCGUGCUUCAGACCAUCCUCAUCCCACAAGCUUCUCUCCCACCACACCCUGAAUUCCCCAGCUCGUUAGAGACACUCCAUGUCACCGACUGCAACUCAUCUAUCCGGGAGUUGGCUCAGAAUGUCGCGACAGAUUGUAAAAAUGGUCUCUAUCCGAAGUUGACUAACUUCAAGAAGGGAAAAACACCAGAGCAAUGUUUCCUUGCUCUUCGGGAUAUGUUCAAAGGAACCAAAGUGAAUUUCCAGAUUUUGCCGUAUGAAUUACCUGAUUUCGAUGAUUACGGUGAUCUUGAUGAUUAUGAUGAAGAUCUCGGUUUUGAGGAAGAUUUCGAAGAACCGGAUUUCGAAGAGAAUCCCCCAGGGGCUGAUCCUGGCAUGGGUUCAAUCCCACCACAGCUUCUUGAAUUGCUUAUGCAGCGGGCUUUGAUGGACCCUGAAUUUGCGCAUCUUCAUCAAGAUGAGGAUAGUGGUGAUGAUUCAUGGGAAACUGAUGAUAGUGAUUGA